AUAAAAAUUAAAUUAAAUUUUAUUUAAAUAUUAUUAAAAAAAUUGAGGGAAAGGACGGUUGUGAAAGUUCCGCCUCACCAACAAACAAUUUUUUCCGUGUCGUCACUCGCUCCCUCUACUUCGUUUUCGACUCGCUGUCUAUAGCUUUGUUCACAUUUCCUCUGCUGUGUUCUGAUCAAAGAGAGAGCUAUUGAAUCAACAAUGGAGAGUGAUGAUGGUGAAGUAGUGAGCAACAAGCAGGUGAUUUUCAAGGAUUACGUGCCUGGUAUUCUUCAAGAAUCAGACAUGUAUAUCACCAAUUCUACUAUCAAACUCAAGGUCCCAUCUGAUACAAAGGCAGUUCUUGUCAAGAAUCUCUACUUGUCUUGCGAUCCCUACAUGAGAAUCCGGAUGAGAAGUUUACAGGGCUCGUAUUUCGCGCCCUUCAAUCCUGGUUCGCCUAUAACUGGGCGAGGAGUUGCCAAAGUUGUCGAUUCAAGUCAUCCAGACUUCAAGAAAGGUGACUUAGUGUAUGGAAUGACUGGAUGGGAAGAGUACAGUCUCAUUGCAGCAACAGAGAGUCUAUUUAAAAUUCAUGACAAAGAUGUUCCCCUUUCUUAUUAUCUUGGAAUUCUUGGUAUGCCUGGUUUGACUGCGUAUGCUGGUUUUUAUGAGAUAUGCUCUCCUAAGAAAGGAGAGUAUGUCUUCGUUUCGGCAGCUUCUGGUGCUGUAGGACAACUUGUUGGGCAGUUCGCAAAAUUGUUAGGUUGCUAUGUUGUUGGAAGUGCUGGAAGCAAAGACAAGGUUGAUCUACUGAAGAAUAAGUUUGGGUUUGAUGAUGCCUUCAACUAUAAGGAAGAGCCAGACUUGAAUGCAGCUUUGAGAAGGUACUUUCCUGAAGGAAUAGAUAUAUACUUCGAAAACGUUGGAGGAAAGAUGCUUGAUGCAGUGCUACUCAACAUGAGGGUCCAUGGACGGAUUUCUGUUUGUGGAAUGAUCUCACAAUACAACCUUGAGCAGCCUGAAGGUGUGCACAACUUGAUGCUUCUUGUCAUGAAACGAAUUCGUAUGGAAGGAUUCAUGGUUGCUGAUUAUACUCACCUGUACUCAAAAUAUCUGGAAAUGGUCUUGCCUUUAAUCAAAGAAGAGAAAAUUGUUUAUGUUGAAGACACAGCACAAGGCAUUGAGAGUGGCCCAUCAGCUCUAAUUGGUCUCUUCGCUGGCCGGAAUAUUGGGAAACAGGUGGUUGCAGUUGCUUCUGAAUGAUUUACUUCGUGGGUAAUACUUCUAAUAAACCCAGGAUAAGUUGCUGAGCUUUUGAGGAUGUAUUGCAUGAUUAUGGUUACUUUGUUAAAUGAAGGCUAUAAAUUUCAGAACAAGCAUGUGUUAUAAUAUAUCUUUCAUUUUAACAGCUUCUGGUGCAAGUAACCAGCAUGUUGUGUUUGUGCAGUGUGUGAAAUGCUCCUCAAGAAUUAUAUGCUUGAGGAUGAACAGUAUUAAGUUUAAAUAAAAAAAUAAAUUUAGAAAUUA